AUGAGUGAGCGAGUGAGUGAGCGAGUGAGUGAGCGAGUGAGUGAGCGAGUGAAUGAGCGAGCGAGUGAGCGAGCGAGUGAGCGAGGCUCCAAGCGCAUCCUGCGGUCCCACGAGAUCGUGCUGCCCCCCAGUGGACAAGUGGAGACGGACCUGGCACUGACCUUCUCGCUGCAGUACCCCCACUUCCUGAAGAGGGAAGGCAACAAGCUGCAGAUCAUGCUGCAGCGGAGGAAGCGCUACAAGAACCGGACCAUCCUGGGCUACAAGGCAUACCCCCACUUCCUGAAGAGGGAAGGCAACAAGCUGCAGAUCAUGCUGCAGCGGAGGAAGCGCUACAAGAACCGGACCAUCCUGGGCUACAAGACGCUGGCCGCGGUCUCCUGGCCACCGAGGGAUGUGCACUUGCAACCUCCCUUCUCGUGUGUGGAGGGCGUGGGUGUGAGCCUCGCUCGGGGGCGUGCCCGCCCGGCCCACGCGUCUGAGUCUGCUGUCCUCUCGCAGCAACAGAACUUCAAGCAGAAAGUCGUGGCGCUGCUGCGCCGGUUCAAGGUGUCCGAGGAGGUCCUGGACUCGGAGCAGGACCCCGCAGAGCGCGUCCCCGAGGUGGAGGAGGACCUGGACUUGCUGUACGACACCUUGGACAUGGAGAACCCCAGCGACAGUGGCCCCGACCUAGAGGACGACGACAGCGUCCUUAGCACCCCUAAGCCCAAGCUCCGGCCCUACUUCGAAGGCCUGUCGCACUCCAGCUCGCAGACGGAGGUCGGGAGCGUCCACAGCGCCCGAAGCCAGAAGGAGCCUCCCAGUCCGAGCACGCCCACCCCCGGGGAGCAGCCGGCACCCGGGCGCAUCACCAAGACCGAGUCCCUCGUCAUCCCCUCCACCAGGUGACAGACCACCAGGAGCUCGUCAUGUGGGAGGCGGGGCCAGAGCACAUCCCUGAAGGAGCGGCAGCCCGCGCGGCCGCAGAGCGAGCGGGCCAACAGCCUGGACAGCGAGCGCUGCCCGGACACACGCAGCCACCUGCAGAUCCCCAGGAAGACCGUGUACGAUCAGCUCAACCACAUCCUUGUCUCCGACGACGGGGGCCUGGGGCUGGGGGGGCACGGGAGUCCCUGUGAGGACGGCCCUGAGGUGUCCGUCCCUCUGUCCCGCCCCCCCAGCUGCAACUGCAAUUCCCAGCCCCCGACGCCCGUGAAGAUCGCGGUGGCGGGGGCGCAGCACUACCUCAGCGCUGUGCUGCGGCUCUUCGUGGAGCAGCUGUCCCACAAGACACCCGACUGGCUGGGCUACAUGCGCUUCCUGGUGCUCCCGCUGGGUGAGCGGCGCCCUGGCCCCGCAGCUGGGGGCUUGGGCCAGCACACGCUCAGCCCUCACGACCCCGUGUGGCCUCGUGCAGUGCAGGACACGCUGGACAUCGUGUCGAGGAUCACACAGUACAUCGCGGGGGCCAACUGCGCCCACCAGCUGCCCAUCGCCGAGGCCAUGCUCACGUACAAGCAGAAAAGGAAAAAGAACUUCCAUUUUGACUUUACCCUCAGCCCCGACGAGGAGUCCUCGCAGAAGUUCAUUCCCUUCGUGGGGGUGGUGAAGGUGGGAAUCGUGGAACCAUCCUCGGCCACGUCAGGAGACUCGGAUGACGCGGCCCCCACAGGCUCCAGCGUGCUCUCGUCUACCCCACCAUCCACAUCUCCCGCUGCCAAGGAGGCCUCGCCCACGCCCCCCUCUUCCCCGUCAGUGAGUGGGGGCCUGUCCUCCCCCAGCCAGGGUGUCGGCGCCGAGCUGAUGGGGCUGCAGGUGGAUUACUGGACGGCAGCCCAGCCCACAGACAGGAAGAGAGAUGCGGAGAAGAAAGACGUGCCUUCCGCCAAAAACACGCUCAAGUGCACCUUCCGGUCUCUCCAGGUCAGCAGGCUGCCCAGCAGUGGCGAGGCCACGGCCACGCCCACCAUGUCCAUGACCGUGGUCACCAAGGAGAAGAACAAGAAGGUGAUGUUUCUGCCCAAGAAAACCAAGGACAAGGACGUGGAGUCCAAGAGCCAGUGCAUCGAGGGCAUCAGCCGGCUCAUCUGCACAGCCAAGCACCAGCAGAACAUGCUGCGGGUCCUCAUCGACGGCGUGGAGUGGAACGACGUGAAGUUCUUCCAGCUGGCGGCCCAGUGGUCCUCCCACGUCAAGCACUUCCCCAUCUGCAUCUUCGGACACUCCAAGUCCACCUUCUAGCCCUGCCCUCGCCCUGCGUGGCUGAGCCCGGGAGGCCCAGCUGCUAUUCUGUUAACAUUUCAGUUUACGACAGAGACAGACCCUGGAAACAGCCGAAACCGUCUUAAGUGCGAUUGUGCGACAACCUGGAAACUAACGGGGUGGCCCCCACCGGGAGCCCCCAACCGCUCUGCUUAUUAACCAGACGCCCUGGCGGGCGGGAGGUCAGGCGGGCACUGUUGAGCUGGAGAAUCAAGGAAGGUGUGUUUCGGCCUCAGGACCCCUAACACUCCCGGCGAGGAGGGCUCUCGCCUUCUCCACCUGCCUUCCUGGCGGCCAGGACUCCGCCUCCCCCGGAGCCGGCUCCACCUGCGCCCAGGACUCUGCUCCUGGCCCCCCAGACUCGGAGCUGAGCGGCCGGAGGCCCAGGGCUGGCCCCACUGGGGCAUCCUGAGCAGAACCCAGGAGCCGCACCACCCACGCGUGGUCCCACAAACUCCGCCCCCACGGGCAGCGGGGGUUCACAGCAGCAGCUAUUUUUAAUGCUUUUAAAUACAUGUUACAGUGUGGCUGCCAAA